AUGGCCACUCCCGAGCUCGUCGCCUAUCUCAGGUCUCUCGACGCCGUCCGCAACCGCUCCAGCCAGGUCUACCACCUCGCCGUCGAGGGCAAACUCAACCACUGGCACUUUGACCAGGCCAAGCUUGGGGACGUUGCCGACUACUGCGCAAAGAUCAUCCAGAGGGACUUUGGGACGGAUUAUGCUUCUAUCCCUCCUCACUGCCGCCGUAACCACUUUAUAACCCCCAAGCGCAACCGCAUCACUACCCUCCUCUCCACCCCCGGCUUCCCGCCCCCCUCCGACCCUCUAGCCCGGGCAUCAGCCUUGACUGAUCUGUACCUCGUGUCUGUCCUACUUGAUGCCGGAGCUGGACCGGACUGGGAGUACAUCGAGGUGGAUGAGGAGGAUAAGGAAAACGUCGUUUGGAAGGGCGGGAGGAGCGAGGGGUUGGCUGUGGCGAGCUACAACAUGUUUAAAGACGGGCUCUUUUCCCAUACUGACAACAAGUUUCAAGUGACUGCCGAGGGCCUGAAGAACCUCACGCCCAAACUCCUAGCCAAACACUUGCAAGUAUCAACUGCCAACCCGAUGGCAGGUCUCCAAGGCCGUACCGACCUCCUGAUCAACCUCGGUUCCGCCCUCCAAGCCCGUCCAGACUUGUGCCCCACCGGCCGUCCUGGCGACUUGAUCCAAUGCUUUGGCGACAAGAUUACCGACAACAUCUUGCCUCUUGCCGACUUUUGGUCCACCCUCUUCGAGCUCUUGUUGCCCAUCUGGCCGUCCAGGACAAUAUUGCCUUCUUACCCCGACGAGGCUCUGGGAGACGUCUGGCCUUGUGCUGCUCUUUCGUCCGCUCUAGACCAAGCCGGUGCAGGGCGUACAGAAGGCGACGAUCUCGUACCAUUCCACAAACUCACCCAAUGGCUCUGCUACUCGCUCGUCGAAGGGAUCGAAUCCCAAACCGGCUGGAAGGUCGAUCGCGGCCGCGGCCAGACGGGCUUGCCAGAGUACAGGAAUGGAGGGCUGUUGGUGGAUUUGGGCGCUUUGACGGUCAAGGCAGAGACGUUGGGGGAGGAGGCGUAUUCGAAUGGGAAGGAGAAGCCUCCCGUGCUUGAACCUAGUCAUCCGGCGGUGAUUGAAUGGCGAGCUGUUACCGUCAUCUCUUUGGACAAGAUCCACGAGAUCCUCUGCGAAAAGCUCAAUGUCGACAAGCUAGUGCUCGGCCUCGCCCAAGUACUCGAGGCUGCUACCUGGAAGGGUGGAAGGGAAAUCGCAAAGGAGAAGAGGGAGGGAGGCGGACCGCCAGUGGAGAUUGUCAGUGAUGGUACUGUCUUCUGA